GUAAGUUAGGCACUGCAGGUUCUUAUAUAUAUAGUAAUAUAUAUCGCCUUAUACAAGGGCGCCUAGAUCCUUUCUGGAUCAAAGUUCUGAUUUAUUAUUAUCUUCUUUUAUCAAUACAUCUGACGUUUUCUUUUUCUGUUUCAAUCACGGGUUUGUGUUGUUUGUUGAGAAAUCCGUCAGGAUUUUCCUCACAGUCAAGUUAUAUAGAAAGAAACUGAAAGCUUCAGGAGAUUGGUCGUGCUAUUUUUAGAUCAUAGCCAAGCUGCCUGGACUGUUUUUAUAUUUCUUGUAUUCUAUAAUCGUUAAAGUUUGUGCAUAGAGGUGUCGUGAUCUGGAUAUGGAGAAUAUUUUUUCACAGUCUUCAUCUGAUCAUCAAUCACUCUCUCCAUACAAGCAGAUGAAAAAUCCCAGGAAAAAUGCCCGUUCUUUCAAUUCCAAGCCCAGUGAAAACAUGCAGAGGGGUCUGUUGUUAGCUCCUCCUCCUCUCUCAUACUCGUAUCCUGCUCCACAUUUACUUCAUAACUAUCAGUAUCAAAAGCCACCACCACCUCUCCUUCCUCUACCAGUGGCCAACAAUCGCCGGAAUCUCUCUUGUCCCCCCACUAAUAAAAAGUCCACCAGGCCUAGAGACCAAUCUCAGACGACUCCCAAGAAAUCAAAACAACCCAGUAAAAGAUCAGAACAAGAGUCAAAGACAGAUUUUUUAAAACCUGCUGAGAAAUCUCUAGCAGCAGAGUCUUUGAUCUUUACAUCGGUCAACCCUUUAGGACCAGACCCAAAUGAUCUUCCUAAGAAUGUAUCAAAGAUUUUAUCUGCAGGUAUUGCUGUUCAUGGUUUUGAGUUUGACAAGUUCUCUGGUUCUGGGUAUACCAUAUCUCCACCUCCAAGUAGCUUGCCUUUGCCCAAAUUUUCUCUUAGACCCAAGCUCAUCAGUUGUAACGCCGAAGCUGCAGGGAUUGACACCGGAGCAACAGACAAUCUCCGCCGACUGUUGCGUCUCCCGUGACCUUUGUUUUCGUUUACACAAUGUUUCAUCAGUUCCAGGAAGGUUGGUUUUAGGGGUCUUUCGUGUAUGUAAAAAAGCAUGACCUACACAGAAGGUCAUGCAUGCUUUGUCUGUAGUAUUGUAAUUUUUCACUUUUUUCCUCCGCGUCUUUUGGCAUCAGGAAAGUUGGUUAAUCACAGAUCACCCCUUGUGUUUUUGAAUCGGGGUGAACAAAAUACACAUGUAAGGCUUUGAAUUUUAUUUCAAUUUUGGAAUAAUACUACUCUUUUGUAUUCA